GUGAACGAGUUCGCUCCUCGGUUGGAUGAGCUGGUGUGACGUAGCACCACAUACACACACAUACACGCCGGCUACUGCGUCGCCUGCCAGGAUCUCAAUGUGGGGAAAUGACCGCAAGUGACCUCAAAGAAAACACUGUAUUGUAGCGCUGCUCGGAUUUUUAUUUUGCACAACAUUAAAACGAGAAUGCGUCCUUAAUUUUAGCUGGAUAUUCUUACGGUAAAUCGCGCUAUAUCACGGGGAAAAGUGCGCUCUGUGUCGUUAGCCAAUCGCCCGAGUGUCUCACUAGCUUUCAAGAGGCUAACAUUAGCUAGCUACGCUAAGCUAAGAGCAGCCCAGUGCUACGGCCGGCGCUUCUUGUAUUCCACUUCCCGCAGAUGCUAAGCUAAUUUAGACGGGGCUAGCUGCUGCCAUGGAUAAAGCAAAGUCAUUGGCAGACAAGAAAGGAGCGCCGGGACCUUUUCAUGUCAACAACGGACAGAGCCAGAGGGGGCUUAAUGGCCACGUCGCUGUGGCCGCAAAUGGAGGCUGCUGCGGCGGCAGCGCGUUCGCCUCGAGCGCCGGACCUGGCAGCAGCAGCGGCGGUGGCAGCAGCAGCACCACUUUUGACAGCAUGCAUCACCUGCACCGCGGUGACGAUGCCGAGUGCAACGGGUCCCCGGCCAAGAGGUGCCGGAUGCGGAGGAGGACUGAGUCGGUGAGACGGAAUAGACCCCCUUUCCCCUGGUUUGGUAUGGACAUCGGUGGCACCUUGGUGAAGCUGGUGUACUUUGAGCCGGUCGAUAUAACGGCAGAGGAAGAACAGGAAGAAGUGGAAAACCUCAAGUCUAUCCGUCGCUACCUCACCUCAAAUGUGGCCUAUGGUAAAACAGGCGUCCGUGACGUCCACCUGGAACUGAGGAACCUGACCAUGUGCGGCAGGACGGGGAACCUGCACUUCAUCCGCUUCCCGACACAGGCCAUGCCCCGUUUCAUCCAGAUGGGACGUGACAAGAACUUCUCCAGCCUACACACAACACUCUGUGCCACCGGCGGCGGCGCGUAUAAGUUUGAGAAUGACUUCCGAUCGAUGGCAGACUUGGAGCUGCUGAAGCUUGAUGAGCUGGACUGCCUGAUCCGUGGCCUGCUGUUUGUCGACCGGAUGGGCUUUAACGGACACCCAGAAUGCUACUACUUUCAGAACCCGUCAGACACCCAGAGCUGCGUGAAGAAACCCUGCACCCUGGACAACCCUUUCCCCAUGCUGCUGGUCAACAUUGGCUCCGGGGUCUCCAUACUGGCCGUGUACUCUGAGAACGACUACAAGCGUGUGACUGGAACCAGCCUGGGAGGUGGCACAUUCCUGGGCCUUUGCUGUCUGCUGACAGGCUGUGAGACGUUCGAGGAGGCGUUGGAGAUGGCCAGCAAAGGCGACUCUACCAAUGUGGACAAACUGGUGAAAGAUAUCUAUGGAGGAGACUACGAGCGCUUUGGCCUGCAGGGUUCUGCUGUCGCAUCCAGUUUUGGUCACAUGAUGUGCAAAGACAAGCGAGACAGCAUUAGUAAGGAAGACUUGGCCCGGGCCACGCUGGUCACCAUCACUAAUAAUAUAGGAUCCAUAGCACGGAUGUGUGCUGUCAAUGAGAAAAUCGAGCGUGUUGUGUUUGUGGGUAACUUCCUUCGUAUCAACACUGUGUCAACGAAACUGCUGGCCUAUGCCAUGGACUUCUGGUCCAAAGGACAACUAAGAGCUCUCUUCCUGGAACACGAGGGUUACUUCGGAGCGGUGGGGGCGCUGAUGGAGCUGCUCAAGACAACAGAGGACCCGUGAAGGAAACCGCACGACAUCACCAAUCCUCAACAAGGUGAUGUCGUCCACCCCUGGAAGAUGCGAUGUCAUCACCUCUUGAUGCUGUGACGUCAGCCACUUUUCGACGCUGCUGAAAGGUCCACUUCCCAGAGGCCACUAAAGGAACACUGAGAGAGAAAAACUGAAAAAAGCCAUUUUAAUAAUUUAACAGCUGUAAAUAGUGAUAACCUCUAACAUUUAUUGUCUAAAUUUCCCAAAUAGACCCCCCCCCCAUCAAAGAGGUUUUAAUAUUGUAAUUUUUAAUUUAUGGUUUCCUAUAAUUGGCUCUGCUGAUUCCUGUCGUCACAGAGACGUAUAAUAUUUUAGCGUGUUCUGUUUUGUUACUGUUUGUGAGUUUGUGUGAACAGCUACUGUAGCGUUAUGCCCUAGAGACUGUGGUGAGCCGAGCGGCUGUUUGUGCAACUGUUUUUUGUUUGUUGUUUUUAAGGUACACUGUUUGCACAGAAAUUAAGUUACUCUUGAAUGUUUUUGGGCAUUUUAUCAUUAUUAUUAUUAUUAUUAUUAUUAUCAUCACUAUCACCAGGGACUCACAGAAACACAACUCCUCCCACCCUUAUGUCAGAGCGCACAUGUGCAGCUGCACUCAGACAGUUUGGUAAUGCUAACGUCUGGUUGUUACUGAUGCUAUAAAGACUACAGCUGUGCAGUUUAUCAACGGUUCAGGACAGCAGGCAUUUUGUUGUCGCCUCUUUGUUGCACAAACAAUCGCUCCCGCACACGUCGGUCCUCUUAGGAGUGCACUGAAGCCAAAACCUAUUGAGAUUUGUACGAAACAGUCUUUAAUUCUCACUGUUGUUCCAUUACGCAUGGCCUUUGCUCCGUCGUUGGUCUCUCCUCCGUCUCCCGACAGUAUGUGCAAAACAGCACCAACAACAUGGUAUUGCCACACAUGCAUUCUGCUCCUUCUCCUGCUCGGUUAAGUGUUAGACAGUGGGACCAAGACAUUGUCUUCCAGUAGAUCUGCAUUGUUGAGUUCUGUUGAGUGGCACCACUUGUCCAGCUCAGCAGCAUGUGUUUGACUUUUCUGAAAUACUAUGGGUUGUUUAUUUUAUGGGUUUUUUUUUUUGUUCUUUUGUGUGAUUUUUCUGUCUCUCUUUACUCACACUGUCUGAUUGUCUAGUUUCUGGGACACUUGAGCAUGGUUGAGCCCUGAGUGCUCCUCGUCCUCUAGCUUCUCUGCCACCCCACUGCCUUGAUUGGGUGUUACAUUGUGAUGUAAUGAAGCAUUCAGGCUGAGCUAAUGUAAUGCUAAUGCUUAAAGUCAACCCUGGGAUUUAAAAAAACAACAACAACAACAACUUGACAAUGGGGACCAAGAUGCUUUUCGAUUGGUCACCCCUCGUGUAAAAUCCACUGAUGCAGGAACUGAAUUAGGAACAGAAUCCGUUCGUCCGCCGUAGAUUUGUCUUCACUGUUUAAUCGUGGUGAUGUUGUGCAUGACGGUUGCUGAAUUGUCUGUCAUCAUGCCGCAUCACACCCAGUAUUUUAUGCUUAUUUCUUAUCAGCCAUGAAACCUGUCGUGCAGUGUUUGUCCAGCUCCGUUGUGACUGAGCACUGUCGCUAGAAUUGCUCAGAAUGAUCCACACUAAUGCAAAAGUAAAACUCUUAAGAAUUGAGCUCUAUGAUGCUCAGUUUGCAUGCUUCUGUCCAAGAAUAUCCACAGCCACGCGAUGUAGUGUUUCAAUGCAUCUGCUACUGUGUCUCUGUCGUAUUUUAAUCAACCGGUGACCAGAAAUUCAAGGAAGUAACUUUUAUUGAAAUGUCUGUAACAGUAUCAAGAGUGGACAAAGGCAUCUUGCCGUAGUUAAAUGAAAUAGUCAUUGUAGAUAGCUGUUGUAAAGCGGCUGACAUCAUCAUCAGUUAGGAGACACCAACAGUGAAUUGUGGAUUAUUUAUAUUUGUUUUAAAAGAAACGUGGACCACAGGUGUUCAGCUUCCUGGUUGGUAGUGGUGUCCAUUACUGCCUUCUUCUGGAUUACUGUCAUGAUAACGACCUUUCACCUUUAACCUCUAGCGCCUUUCAUCUCCGCUAAUAAUCAGAGCAGCUGGACCGUCCAGUCUCCACUGUGCUUUUUCUUGUUGCCACCGUCUUCUUGCCUUAUUUUCCCUCCACACUGAGAACCAGAGCUUUUUCCCCUUAACUGGAGUCAGUCCUGUCUCUCAGUUAUUGAAUUAUUAAGUAGUGAUACGCCCAAGCUAUCACUGCUAACACAUUAUAGUUUGAUGUUCCUCUGUGUUACUGAGCUGGACAGAUUCUCUUCACAGGACCUUGUGAUCUAUUCAUUUUACCUGUAGUAUAAUAUUAUGGUGACAUCCUCUUCAUCUGUCUAAACAUUAUGCAGGAACUCUGUGUUAUUGGUGAAAUGCACACACCUUGUAUUCAUCUAUCAUAUACAUGCACUACACAUGGACAUCGGUGAAUAACCUGUUUGCUGCUAUAACAGUUCUGUUGGAUUCAUUUGUAAAAACUGGCCCGUAGAAUAAUCACAUUUACACAGUAAAAUCCUCUGUAUCUAAAAGUAGUUGUUUGCCCUCUGAAAAGAAAGAAAAUAGAUCUCUUUCUAAAUCCACCUCAUUUUCAGCCAGAUUUUUCUGGCUUUUUUUCAGUUUUUUUUGCCUUGUCGGACGAUGUUAGUGGCCUCGACCUGUCGGGUUCCACUCAGCUUUAAAACCAGGC